AUGCCCAGCCACCGGACGAUGCCCCUCAUGCCUUCGUCCGCCUUAUUUCCAACAUCACCUUUGCCGUCCUCCCCGCCACGCUCCGCAUUAUCGUCCGCAUCCGCGUUGGCAUCCUCAUUGUGGGAAACGCCUGAUACGUAUGCAAAGGGCUAUACUUCCGGCAAUAGCCACAACACUGACAUCAACAGGACCGGUGACCGUAGCAGCAGCCCUCCAGUAGAGAGUAAAGGCAGCAAGAAGAAUUUGAAUGUAGAGACACCGCCUACACUUCCUGCUAAUCCGUGGAAGAGUUCUAGGCGGAAGAUUGGCUUCGGAAGUCUUGAUGAGGAGGUGAAGAAGAAUGACUCUCCGAGGCAUAGGGAUUCUUGGGACCAACGAGGUCGAGACCGAGUUGAUCGUAGUUCGGAAUUGAUCCAAAGGGUCGCAUCGCCAAAACAUAUAGAGACCUUAGACAAUCGAGAUCGGGGUCGAGACCGAGUCGAUCGCAGCUCGAAACUGAUCGAAAGAGUCGUGUCGCCAGAGCAUACGGAUGCUCCAGACAAUCGAGAUCAAAGUCGAGGUCGAACCGAUCCUAGUGGAGGUAUCGAUACUGCGGAGGACCUAGAGCCAGUGCACAAGGAACCGAUUAAAGUGUCGAACAACCUGGACUAUCUAUACUCUCCAAGAGUGGUGCUUCCAGCGCUUAAGGCCAAAAUUCGAAUGCCCCACACGCUUUAUUACAGCGCGGUUGAUUCGCCAUCGUCAUCCCUGGACAGCAUCGAGAGAUGGAAAUAUGUCCAGGAUUGUGUCAAGGUUGCCAAGGAUGGCGGCGUAAAAGUCGUCAAAGUAUCACGAGAACAGCUGAACCGGCUGGCUGGGAAUGAUUCCCACGAGGGCGUGGUGUUAGAGGCGACAAGGUUCUCGCCAGUGAAUGCGUAUAAGCUGAGUGCCGUGUCCGAGAAUAAUGAGUACCAACUGCACCUCAAUAGCAAAAUCAAACCUAUCGUUGAUUUCAGUAUGAACCCGCCUACGACUUCCAUGACCACCCUUACGACCACGAAUGAGACACAAGAAUCAUCGCCAAUAACAGUUGAGACCAGCUCAGUCAAGUCAACAUCAGAGUCAAUAUCGUCAAAACCAUAUUCGCCAGUUUGGGUCGCUAUGGAGCACGUACUUGAUCCAGAGAUGAUGGGCGAAGUAGUGAGGACGGCGCUGCAUCUGGGCGUGGAUGGCGUAUUAUAUAAGACCGCCCGUGCUGCCCCACCAGAUGCUGAAGUCGCAAAGGCGAGUGCGGGGGCCCUGGAGAAAAGGCGUAUAUAUCCAAUCCAAAGUCUUUCGAGCAAAGCAAACGGUUGGCAUAUUGUGGGGGCGCAUACUACUUACGGAUCUCCACGGACGCGCCCCUUUUACAAUUGGUCCCCUGAAGGAGUUGACCAGCCUACACUCUUGAUCAUCGGGAACACUGGUCGUGAGCUCUCUCGUCAAAUCGCAGCGAAAUGCGACAGUUUUAUCCAGAUCCCGCCGCUGAGCCGUAUUCCGUCUACGGUUCAUUCGAUGGGCGGAAAUGUUGUCGCGGGUAUUGCAAUGUCCACGCUGAUGGCUGGCAAAUUGAAGCGCUUUGAGGAGAGCCCCCGAAGUGUAUUACCAAGAUCUUUGGAGGAGGAAUCAAUGACGAUAGAGCAAGCGGAGCUAAAGUUCGAGGACAAGGAUAAGGAGGAGCGCAAAGAGAUAGUCGGUGCGGUAGAGACACCCAAACCAUCUAAAAAGAAGGCUAGUGCUAGAUUGUCCUGGUGA